GGUAUCUACACUACGUUGGGGGAGAUGUUGGUAUCUACACUACGUUGGGGGAGAUGUUGGUAUCUAAACUACGUUGGGGGAGAUGUUGGUAUCUACACUACAUUGGAGGAGAUGUUGGUAUCUACACUACGUUGGGGGAGAUGUUGGUAUCUACACUACGUAGGGGGAGAUGUUGGUAUCUACACUACAUUGGGGGGAGAUGUUGGUAUCUACACUACGUUGGGGGAGAUGUUGGUAUCUACACUACGUCGGGGGAGAUGUUGGUAUCUACACUACGUUGGGGGAGAUGUUGGUAUCUACACUACGUCGGGGGAGAUGUUGGUAUCUACACUACGUUGGGGGAGAUGUUGGUAUCUACACUACGUUGGGGGAGUUGUUGGUAUCUACACUACGUUGGGUAUCUACACUACAUUGGGGGAGAUAUUGGUUUCUACACUACGUUGGGGGAGAUGUUGGUAUCUACACUUCGUUGGGGAUCUACACUAUUUUGGGGGAGAUGUUGGUAUCUACACUACGUUGGGUAUCUACACUAUUUUGGGGGAGAUGUUGGUAUCUACACUACGUUGGGGGAGAUGUUGGUAUCUACACUACGUUGGGGGAGAUGUUGGUAUCUACACUACGUUGGGGGAGAUGUUGGUAUAUACACUACGUUGGGUAUCUACACUAUGUUGGGGGAGAUGCUGGCAUCUACACUACGUUGGGUAUCUACACUAUGUUGGGGGAGAUGUUGGUAUCUACACUAUGUUGGGGGAGAUGUUGGUAUCUACACUUCGUUGGGGGAGAUGUUGGUAUCUACACUACAUUGGGUAUCUACACUAUUUUGGGGGAGAUGUUGGUAUCUACACUACGUUGGGGGAGAUGUUGGUAUCUACACUACGUUGGGGGAGAUGUUGGUAUCUACACUACGUUGGGGGAGAUGUUGGUAUCUACACUACGUUGGGGGAGAUGUUGGUAUCUACACUACGUUGGAGGAGAUGUUGGUAUCUACACUACAUUGGGGGGAGAGGUCAAUGA